UAUUUUAUUUUAUAGAACUGAAAGUUGCUUAUUUCCAGUUCGAGAGCUAAACUUAGUGGUAGCAUGGGAGAGAAAAGCUUCCGCAAACUGGGACUGGGCGUGAUCCUGACGGCUCUGAUCCUGUACGCCCUCCUCUUCAUGGACACGCUGAUUUACGAGGCUGGCGGCCGGAUACACAAUGCCUUCUUCGUGAACACGGACGGAUGUCGCAUUGUAGCCAUGGAUGCGAUGAACCCUACGAUCGCCAAGUACACGGAUUGGGAGUGGGAGGACAGGAGGUUCUACCUGGAGUGCCGGGAAAAGACCUGGUUCCGAACGGAGGUGGCCAACGGCGAGUGGUAUCUGAAGCUGAUCCGCGACAUCGACAAGAUCCUGGAGGAGAACGACCUCGAGCACGACUGGCAGAUAGAAUGCUUCUGGUUCCGCAUAAGAGUCACCAGCAGGUGGCGAACCAAGCUGACCCACCGAACCAAGUUCCUCCUGGAGUUUCCCUAUGCCGUCAAAGUUCCGCGGAAUUUGAGGCAUUUGCGAGUGAGGUGCAUUAACACUCUUACAAACAAAUCCUUAACCGAGGAUGCCCACUUCUUCGUCCAACCGCCUCCGGAAAAGUUGCUGAAGAAAGCUCCUCCGAGUUUAAAACGCUGGGAUGGAAAGAGCUUGUCGGGUGAUGGAACUCCACCCAUUUCCGUGAUGAUCUUGGGUCUGGACUCCGUAUCGCAUCUCAAUUUGAUUCGCCAAAUGCCGAAGACAGUGAGAUAUAUGCGCCAAAAUAUGUCGCAUGUGGAGUUCUGGGGCUUCAACAAGAUCGGCCACAAUACCUAUCCAAAUUUGAUAGCCCUUUUAACAGGUCUCAGUGCCUCGGAGUCCCAGCAGUAUUGGAUUAAACAGAACUGCAUGGAUGACCUACCGCUGAUCUGGAAGGAGUUCAAGAAGGCCGGCUACAACACCAGUUUCGCCGAGGACAUGGCCAUCUACUCGAUGUUUUACUACGGAAAGCCGGGCUUUAAGCGACCAACCACUGAUCACAAUUUCCACGACUACAUGGUGGAGAUGUAUGUCCUUCGGGAGAGCAGCUCGGUGGCCGAUACCCAUUGUGUGGGCGGAAAGACCUUCAUAGAUGUCCUGCUGGAGAUGAACGAGAAACUGAUGCCCCACAAACAACGCUAUCCAUUCUUCUCGUUUUACUGGUGGGCCAAUGGAUUUCACGAGUUCUUCAAUUCACCGCGACUUGCGGAUGGGAGAUUCGAGCGGUUGCUAAGGAGCCUCGAUGAAACUGGCAUUACCAACAACACCAUUAUCCUUUUCAUGAGCGAUCAUGGCUUGAGAUGGGGUCGCUUUAGGAGGAGCUUUCAGGGAAUGAUCGAGGACAGCCAGCCCUUUGUGUCCGUCUUGUAUCCCGAGUGGAUGAGAAAGGAGUAUCCAUUGGCCUUAAGAAACCUAGCUGGCAAUGCCCACAGUCUGAUCACCACCUAUGAUCUCCACAAGACCAUGAAACACAUCUUGGAUCUAAGCUCUCUGAAGGAUGAUUCCAUAAUUAAGAAGUCUGAGGAGCUGUGGAAACUGAAGGGUUCGCAAGCCCCAAAGGCUGUUAGUCUUUUUCUACCCAUCCCACCCUGGAGGAACUGCAACACUUCGCACAUUCCCAGUGAAUUCUGUCUGUGCCACAAGCAAGUUUCCAUUCCCGAGAAUAACCGAGGGGUCAAGAAGACGGCCAGCAUUAUAAUCGACUACAUCAACCAGUUAAUGGUGGAGUAUCCCGUCUGUGUUCCCCUCAAGUUGGAUUCGAUAGUGAGUGCCUACUUCGCAGUUCCCGAAAGGAAUGACGACUUCCACGUCGAGAAGGGCCACAAGAACGCGUAUCCUGAACAGGGACCCUUCUGGGAGAAGCGAACGUACGAGGACAGGGACAUCGUAGUUCGAUUGAAAACCAAGCCGGGAAACGCCUAUUUCGAGGGAAUGACCCGAAAACAGGGUAGCAAACUGUCGUUGAUUGGAGAAGUGGUUCGGGUUGGUGACGAUGGCAACAAGAACAACGACUGCAUCGAGAAUCCCUUGCUGGAACCCUUCUGCCACUGCGCCCUAUAAGUAAUGCUACCCCGAAAAAAAAAAUAAAAUAAGAAUAAAUACUACAAAGGGUAUAACUAUUUGUUCCUAUUUAAAGGGCUAAUACACUUUAUGGAAUACUACGAACAUACUUGCCUUUAAAUAUAAAAUGUUAAAGAGAAAAGAA